UUGCUUAUUACAUGGAAGGAAGAGAUUCUACUCAGCUGAUCUACCGCUGGACAAAGAGCGUGGACCCCAGUUUGAGGAAAGGACCCUGGACACCAGAGGAAGAUGCUAUGCUGCUGGCUGCAGUUAAGAAGUAUGGAGCACGAGACUGGUACAAAAUUCGGACAGAAGUGCCAGGGAGGAGUGAUGCCCAGUGCAGAGAUAGGUACUUAAAAGCAUUGGACCAUGAUGUAAAGAAAGGCAAGUGGAGCUUAGAGGAAGAGGAGCAGCUAAUUGAACUGGUUCAGAAGCAUGGCCUGGGUCACUGGAGUAAAAUAGCUUCUGAAUUGCCCCAUAGGACAGGCUCCCAGUGUCUGAGCAAGUGGCAACUCAUGAUUGGGUCAAAGAAAAGAUCUAGGCCAACAAAACGCCAACACAUGGAAGAGAGUUGCAGCUCUUCAGAGAGUAGCAGUGAAGAUGUAGAACUGGACUUGGCAGACAGCUCGGAGGAGGAAGAGACAACAACCAAGGAGGAGUCUGCAUUUCCCAGCAUCGACUUGUGGGUACCCACACAGGCAGAUGCAGAGGAGGCAAACCUAGGGAGAUACCAAACCCCAUCCCUUCUCUUUCCUGCGAGUGCUGGUGCACAGACCAGCAGCAGUGAAGCUCCAAGCACGACAACAGGUGAUGGAGACAAGGACAGAGCUGCUGCUAAUUCAUCAGAGCUGAACACCCUCCUGAGGGGCAUUGCACGACCCCAUUCAACAGACAUCGUUGUGAGGAAUCCAGCAGAAGUGAUAAACAAGGCUUCCAGGUGUGGAAAGCAAGUGCUACGGGUUACACUGGAGGAUGUGAGAAGAGUAUUAAGAUAUAACACGUAUUUUCAGAGGAGACUUGUAAGUGCCUCUUCUGUCUUGUCUGCUUUAUCAAAGAUAUCUGGAGUUAGUUCUGCUGGGCAGAAGCUUCAGGGGGUGCAGAACAUGACAGCCAAAGCUUCUCGUCAAGAGAGAGAGCGUCUGAGGAGGCUGAACCUGGACAGGAAGCUGCUGAUGGCAGUGACACCCUGGGUGGGCAACGUGCUGCUGCCCUGCACCUUGCAGACUGGGAAGAUGGCUUUUCGUCAGACCAAAGCUGAUUCCAUUCAAGCAAAGGUCAAAUCCAUCAGUCUCGUGAGCACUCCCCUGUUCACACUUUUCAUUCAGCUCUUUCAGAUUGAUACCAAGGGCUGCAUGAAGACUAUUCGGGAGAGGAGGCUCAGGCAGGCAGAGCUGCUUCAGGCCAAUGCACAAAGGUCUCCACAGGCUUCCCAAAAUACAGAGACUUCUUCAGGCAGUUCAUCACAGUCUGGUACUCAGAGGAACUCCCAGAGGGGUGUACCAAGGAACCCUGUCAGGAAACCUGUCACCCUAAAAGCGAGGCAGGCCUCACCUGCUGGCCUGGAGAGCAACACUCCUGCCACCCACGGGACCCCUCCAGUCCAGCUGCAAAGGCAGAAGCCUAAAACUGUCUCAGAACUGCUGAGAGAGAAGCGGCUGAGGGAAUCCAGGGCUAAGAAGGCCAUGCAGAGGACAGUGUUUGUUGCCCCACAGAUGCUGGUGUCGGGGCCUCUGAUAAUCCAGCAGCCUCCACAGCAAAUCAUUCCUUCUGUGCAAGCAGGGAGCAAUCCUGUGGCCGUUGGUUGCACCACCAGCCAAGUACAGUGUGCACCAGCUCCACUGCCAGCGUUCCCUUCUGGUGCAGGUUCAGCUUCUACCACUGUUGUGCUGGAAAACCAUUCCUCAUCCGUGCCAGAAACUGGGGAAGGCUCUGGUUCCUCACAGGGGACAGAACUACAAUCCAGUAAGGGACUGAAAGAGCAAGCUGUGGAGAGUAGCCCUCAAGGAGGGAUUUCACCAGGCGUGAAUCCAGAAAAGGCCCCAAAUCAGGGAGCGUGCAAUGGCCAGGUCCUACCUGGCAGCUCAGCUUCAGUAGUGUUGCAGAAACAAGCUUUUGUGCCCCAUCAGAUUACAGUGGUGCCUCUUGGCAUCGAGUCUGGCACCAACAAAUUGUCUCUUUCCACGCCAGUUACCUGUGAGCUGAAUACUAACGGGCCACAACAGCAGCCAGUCAACCUGUUGCCUGCUCUCGUGCCUCCACAGACUGGUUCACAUCUGCUUCCCAACAGCAUCCUGCCUUUCACGUGGGUUGUAAUGCCACAGGCUCUGCUCCCCACCAUGGUACAGACUGUGGUGGGUGUCCCCCAGGGACUGCCAGCUGCUGCUGUAGGAAGUCCAUGCCAGACAGCUGUGAUGUCCAGUGGCAGUGUCUCUAGCUUGGGAGCACCUCCUGGAGCAGCUGGGGCAAAUACACCCCACCCCAGCAGCACAGAGACCAAGGCACCAAGUGCCCAGUUGGCAGGAGCACCUUCAGGGCAGCCAGCCAAGCAGUCCACAGUUCUCUCACCUGUGACCUCAGCCACUCCUGGGUGCACAACAUCCAGUGUCUCUUCUGCAGUGCCUGCAUGUUCAGACAGCUCCAAGGCUUCUGACCCCUCUGCAGCUCAGGCUGCUCCUCCACUGGAGGCACCAGCCCCAAGUGCUGUGCUGCCACCCCAACCCCAGCUACCUGCAGCCACUCAAGGGGCUGAUGCCCAGCACACCUCGGGUCUCACUAGCCUGGGGAAGAGCCACCACUCCAGUGCAGCAAAUGGACCUUCCAGUCCAGGCAUCACCACGACAGGGGUUGUGCCCCAGCCGGGAGAUCCAGUGCCCCACAACAGCCCGAGGGACUCCGACUGUGUUGCAGCAGCAGCAUCAAAGAACAGACCUAUUGCCUCCAAACCCCUGCCAGCACAGCCUGCCGACAGUCCAGCCCAGCCACCCCCUGCCAGUGCAGAGAAGAACCUGCUGGACUUCAGCCUCAUUUCCCUGGAGGAUGAGGAGCAAGUGAAGGAGUGGCUGAAUGGGAAACGAGGGGUUCACGUACCGUCGCUGCAAACCAGGUUGCCUUAUUUGCCACCUUUUCUGUGCAACUUAAAAGCCCUCUCGAAGCUCCUCCUGCAGAAGGCAGCUCUGGAGGAGCAGGCAGUGUCUCUCCUGCCUUCUGAGGCCAGGCAGGGCGAGGGCAGUGGGGCCACUCUGCGUGCCAUCGGGGAGCUGGUGCAGCAGGAGCUCGGCGAGAACCCCGCCUACCUCCUACUGAAAGCCAGAUUCCUAGCAGCCUUCACACUGCCAGCUGUACUGGCAACUCUGCCUCCUCCAAAAGUGACAACAACUCUGUCAGCCAGCAGGAAGCAAUAUGAAGAGAGUGACGAAGAGGAGUGGCAGAGUGAGAAGGAAGUGUCUGAGGAAGAGGGGGGUGAGAAGGAAUUAACACCCGUACGCUUGGAUGGGGCAGUUGGCGGUGAGCCUGGAGAUGAAGAUGCUGAUUUACUAAAUCAGGGCCUGGGAGCUGCAGAGGAGGCUGCACAGCCUGACUUGGACUCCUGCACUGCUGGGGCUGACGCCAGCGCUCCGCCAGUCAGGAGAAGUGCCCGCUUCAGGAAGAGGAGGAGGAUGUGA